GCCCCCACAACAAUCUGCCGGCUUCCAUCUCCUCCUCUCGUGUAAUCCACAACUCCACAUCAGCACGUGUCUCCGUCGACCCCCACGCACAACACCGGCCACGAAAUAAGAGAGCUAGCUUAGCCGCUGCCGGUGCUCCACACCGGAGACGUACGUACCACCAUAUUGCAGCCGCGAGCAGAACAACAGCUAGCUCACAUGGCCGCCGCCGCCUCCACCGUCUCCGGCCUCGCCGGCGCCACCCUGGCCCGCCGGCCAGCCUUCUCUACCAACUUCACGACGGGUGGCCGGGUGUCAGCGAGGAACCCCUUGAUGACGAGGAACCUGGAGAGGAACGGCAGGAUCACCUGCAUGACGUUCCCGCGGGACUGGCUGCGGAGGGACCUGAACGUGAUCGGGUUCGGGCUCAUCGGGUGGCUGGCGCCGUCGAGCAUCCCGCUCAUCAACGGCAACAGCCUCACGGGGCUCUUCUUCUCCAGCAUCGGCGAGGAGCUCGCCCACUUCCCCUCGCCCCCGGCGCUCACCUCCCAGUUCUGGCUGUGGUUGGUGACGUGGCACUUGGGUCUGUUCAUCGCGCUCACCUUUGGCCAGAUCGGGUUCAAGGGCAGGACCGAGGACUACUUCCAGAAGUAGUGGCUUAAUUAAGCAGCUAAAUUAGCUUCUGAUUAAUGCAGGCCUCGUCCUUACUUUGUGUAUAGGGCAAGCUACUUUACGCAUGCGUGUUUAACGUAAAUCUGUCCUAUGUAAGGUGUCCGUGGCCCUUGUUUGGUUUCACGCACGAGUAUAGCUUUUGCAGCUCUGUGAUUACUGGUCAAUAAUCCAUUCCAUGAUGUGCAACGAAACUAAUGGCUUAUUUGGUUUA